AUGCGACCAACACCAAAGGAAGACAUAGACAGUGCUACCAUGAGCUCCUCCUCAUAUCUCAGCUGCUCGUCGACUCCAGAGUGUCAGGUCCCUGCACGAUGCAGUGUAAUCUACCUGAUUGCCAGGCCGCUUAUCGCUGAUACAGACUGCAUAGCCAACCGUUUCGGGGGCCAACGUCGGAACUGCGGGCAAAUUGCGCCGGCAGACCCGACGCGCUGCAGGCCGGCAUUCGCCAGCACCAAGGCCAAGAAGCGAGAGCAAAGAGCCUAGAACGCCGCCACCCCCCCUCCCCUCCUCGUCAAGAGACGCUCCAGCCGCUUCCAGUCUACCGGAUACCUGUGAUAGUAUCCUCGUUGAAGAGUAGCAUCUAAAGAAGAGUCACUUCCGCGAGCUUCACAAGCACUGACUUUGAUAUAAUUUCGGCACCGGCUCUCUAUUUCAAAUAGUUGAGUAGAUGGCGGCUCGGAUUUGCUAUUAAUGACCGUGAAGCGCGGUCAUUCCGGACACUCCUUCGACAGCCAAAAGCUAGAGUCAUGCACUCCUCGUACUCGCCCUGCUUUGAUAUCUCACAGCUUUGUUAUGCAACGACCACCGCCAUCUCUGCCCAGUCCUUCUGACCCCCGCGGCAUAUGUGAAUCCAUUGCACCGUUUUGUCCGUCAUCCUACGUCAGGCCCCAGUUUCUUGGGUGCCGCAAAGCGCGCUCACAGCAUCGUUCUCGCGGGAAGCCGGACAGGCCUCACUUCCCCAUUCGGACGGGCUAUGCACCCAUGCGGCCUACGAUGGAUCCAGGCCCUGAUGACAGCGCAUGGUGGUCAGGGUGGAAAUGUGCGGGAAGUGUGUCCCGGGGAAGCAGGCUGCACUUUCCGGAGUGGUUGAUCUUGGAUGAUGUGCAUCACUCCUCCCAGUCUCAUGCAGUCCCGUUCUGCUAUUGGGAUAAAAUACUGCUAUUGCAGGACCAACCGUGCCUGGCGAGCCACACAGACGCUGCGUAGGCACGCAGUGGCCAAGAAAAUACUCCUGUACUAUGUAAGUAAUUCCUUUCUGUUCCACCACCGCUUUGUCAUGGUGAACUCAGUU